UUUAAGCCCUUCGCUCCUCUCAUUUACGCGAUGGAGUGCGGAAGGCGCGGAGCUUUCGUUUUCCCUCCGACGGAAACCCGAGGUUUACUCAAAAGGCGGCGAAAUUUGGGGGCAUGACGCAGUACCUCAGCGGCAGCGCUGGCGGCGGGGCAAAUGGUGGCGACCCUGACAGUUCUUCCCUGAGUACCGCUGGGCGCCAUUGCCGAACGGUGGGCCGAGAAGGCAAGGCUGGCAGAAACCAGUGCAUUACUGACUACUUCAAACUAACUGUAAAACAAGACAGGAAUGUGUUGUCUUCUCCGGAAAAAAGAAAUGGGAAAGACGGACUUGAAGUUGCACGUACUGAACAACUUAGACAAAACAUGUGCUCUCCAAAGCAAAAUCGAAGAAAAAAGUUCCAACCCCCUCCGCCAAAUAGGAGCCCUAUAAUUGAAGCCCUUUUCAGAGGUGCUAAGUCCGAGAAAAAGGACAAUCCAGAUGUUUCAACAAAGACUGUGCAUUCAAAUACUGUGGUUCGGAAACUUUUUGUGCUGAAUGACUCAUGUGAUCAGUCUUUAAUGUUAAGAGAUAAUACUUGCACAGAAAACCCUGAAACCCAGAUAUGCCCAAUUCGAACAAGAUCACCAUUAGCAGAUAAUGGUCGAGAAUGUAAAAAGGACUAUGUAGGUCUAGAAUUGAUUGGUUCAGAGCUGAACAAAUCCAUAUCAGAAAAUGACAGUUUGAAAAAGAGUGGUACAUCUUGGUGUCAGCAAACAGUAUUUUCCAAGGCAACGCAACCAGGCUCAAUUAGUUCGUCCUCCCGGUUAUCCGUAGAAACUCUUUGCAGAGAAAUACAAGUAAAGGAAAAAAAGGUACUAUCUACGCAGCAAUCUUUUGAUUCUGUAAAGAAAUCCUUAGGAAGUAACUUUCCCAACCAGGACACAAGAGAUAUUUUGAGAGAAAGAUCGUGCUUCACAUCGCAGGAAUCUUACUCAGAAAAAAGAAAUGGGAAAGGUGGCCUUUCAGUUGCCUCUACAGAACAUCUUAGAAGACACAUGUGCACUCCAAAACAAAAAAGAAGAAAAUUGCUGUCUUCUCCAUCAAACAGGAGCCCUAAAAUUGAAACCCUUUUCAGAGGUGCUAAAUCAGAAAAAAGGGGCCAUCCAGAUAAUGGUGUUCAUAUUUCAACAAAGCCUGUCCAUCGAAAUACUGUGGACACAAGAGAUAUCUUGAGAGACAGAUCAUGCUUCUCUUCACAGAAAUCUUCCUCAGAUGAGUCAUUGUCAACACAUGUGUCAAAAGCUGUGUUAUGUUCAAGGCGGACUUCUGAUAAAAUUACCAAUAGAGAAAAAAGCCAGUCGUGUCCCUCAGUAUACAUCAAUUCUACAAAUGUAUCAAUAUCCAAACAUAAAGAGUUCCCUGAGAAACAGAAACGGCGCUCUUUGAAAAGCAGCUUGAAAAAAUUGGAGAAGCCCAUGAGACAAAACUAUAGUGUUAGUAGUUCACUGGAAAAGCAUAAAUCUAACUAUUCACAACACAGAAUAUAUUCUGAUGAUGCAGCACUAGAGGGUAUGAAGUCAUUUGACAACAACUUGCCUUUUUUAGUAGGAUGUUGUGAAAAAGGUGGUGAUAGGAAUUGCUUAACAGACAAAAAUGGACAAAUCCAAAUUGGAGAUGCCAAAAAAGCUCAUAAGAAUUAUGUUUCUUAUACUUUCGAUAAUUCACCUCUUCUUUCGACAUCAUACCACAAUUCUUUAAAAGGAAAAGCAGAACAGACUGAAAACAAUACUUCUGCCUUGUCUUCAGAAAAUACCAACCAGCUUGUGUCAUCUUUAGAAGGUGGCAACAGUGUUCCAUUGUCAGAAAGUUGUCAGCCUGUCACUACCAAUGAAUCUUCAUACAACUUACACAAAUUGAACAUUGAAGCUUCUAGUUUAAAGGCAGGUGCACCAAGUAGAAAACGAAGUGUUUCUAAUAGUGAAAAAGAAAUCACUGACUGCAGUCUAGAUAGUAGUGAUGAAGAGAUACUACCGCCACUUGAGAAAAUACUGGCUCAGGGUUUCACAUGUGGAAAAAGUCCAGAACAAAUAUAUGAUGAGGAUAAUACAACGGACACUCUGAUUUUGUCACAUAGUGUUACUUGUUCCACACCUUCUGUGGAGACUAAUGUCUCCUAUUUGAAUCGCCUUUUGGAGGAGAAGGAAGAAUUUAGUAGGAUAGAAGAACUAGAACAACAGCUACAGCAAGUCAAAGGGGACACUGAAAAAAAUUAUCUACUCAAAGAACAAUCUAAUGAUGUUGAAUUGCUUGCUGAACACAGGGAGAUUUUAGAGAAAUAUUCAAUCGUUGAUGGUAUUCCUGACCAACAUCCAGGUGAAAAUAUAUUCCAGGUAGCACAUGCUGGGAAAAUCUUCAAUCAACAUAAUCUUGAUCUUAGGAACUUUGGAUUUCAUCCCCAAAAUCCUAUUGAAAAAUACAUUUUUAGGUCAGGGAUAACACAGCAGCUUUUUGUAAUCAGUGAAGGCAUACUGGUGUCUGCUUACCAUACCUCUCCUUGUCCUGUUCCAAUGAUAAAGUGGAUGUUUCAGAUGAUGUUGGUUCAUUCAGACUGCUCCGUUUCAAGGAAGAUCUUACAAACAUUGAUGGCUUUAACAAUUCGAAAUGCUUCUUUUGGCAGUGAGGAACCAGCAAUAUGGAUUCCAUCACUAUUCGAUAUAGCAGUUGUGUUGAUCAACUUGGGUAUACCAUUCAACGAACUAUUUCCUCUCCGUGAUUUUCAGCCUAGUUUUACAGAAGACCAUAUAAGGUCUGAAAUUCCUGAAACAGUGACUCAACAAUCAAGAGGAGACAUUUUUGGAGACCCGUUUCCUUUCUUUUUUCUGGUAGAUGUCAACCUUUGCAAUAUGGCUAAGUUUCUACAAUUAUGUAUAAGCAUAUGCAAUGACGGUUACACGCAGAAAGAAAUAUUUAUCUUGCUACUAUUGUUGUUUAAACUGAGUUUGGAAAAACAGAUGAAACAAUUUGCCCUAGUAGAUUUGCAGUGCCUUAUUGUAAAACUAUUGGAAAGCAUAGAAAAAUGGAAGACAAAGAUGCCUGAGUUAUGCUUGGCAAUAAGUUGCUUAUCUAGCCACCAUCACAAUCUUUUGCAUUUGAUCCAGUUUGUCCCCAACUGGACGGAACGAGGAAGAGAAGUAAGAAGACAUCUUAGCUUGGUGGUGCUAUCAAAGCUUCUUGAAAACCAUGUGAACAUACCCAGUAGUCAUGACCAACAGAUGUCACUUCUAUGCAAGGAGCUGGUCAUGAUGAAACCUUCAAAUUUGGUAAAGAAGCUCUUGGCAACAUCAGCUGCUGCUGAUGCUGAACUUAGUAAUGCAUCUUUUAUUUCUAAAUUUGAACCCAAGGCAUAUUAUUUGGUUUAUGUUCUUCUUCACUUAGUCAGAGAAGCUAGCAAUUUUGAGAGCACAAACCUCAGUCAAAAAAAAUGGCUGUUGAAACUCAGUAGUAUCUUGGAAAAAAACAUAAAAUGUGACAUUAGGGAAAAUGCCAGGCUAUUUUAUAAAACGAAGGUUAAAGAUUUGGUUGCAAGAACAUACAGCAAGUGGCAGCAAAUGAUAAACAGUUCUCAGCUUAUUCAGGGCAUGAUCCAUGAUUUUGUGGUCCCAAAUGCUGAACAAGGUACAUCAGAACAUCAAAGUGAAUGAAGUGGUCACAGAAAUAUGAGCUUGCAGACUCUGUAAUCAAAAAAGAAGAAACCUUCUAAUCAGACAUCACUUUCAUAUAGAUCAAUGUUACCUUCACAUUUUCCUCUUUCUCCAGUACCUUAAUUGACUAACAGUGACAAUGAGGCCUUAAAAUUCUUAUAACUACUCUUAUAUCUCUAUUGUUCUUUGAUAAAAUAUAGGAUUUCCUACAAAGUUUAUAGGGAUGUAAGCUCUCAAAUUAUUCCCGUCUAGCAUAACUACUGAUAAUUCUUAAAGGAAACUGAAACCAAGUUGUGAUCAAAUGGUUGAUUGUACAAUUGAGCUACAUGCCCAUGCACAUUUGGAAGGAGGUUUUUUUUAUACCAUGGGGGCUUAAAUUUCAUGCUAUGUGAGGCUGAAAAACUCUUUUGUAGAUACAUUUAAUAAAGAGAGCUGUGAACAAUUUUUGAGCCCAGUUUUAACGUUCAAGGACAUUUAAUAAGAUUCAUAAUAGUUCAUACUUUUGUGUUCAACUAAGCAUAACAUGCUAAUUUGAAAUACCACUAUUGGUUAUAGUCUAGAGGGUUGUUUAUAUGGAAAUGUACAUAAAUCUAAUUUCAGAGAAAUUUAUUCUCUAGUGUCUGGUCAUCCCAUUAUGGGCUAAACCUAUUAUAAAUUUCUGUGAAUAUUUCAUAGGCAAUUCCCAGCCUUAUUCUAGUUAAUAUAAUAUACAAAUAGUAGAGAUUUAUGUUUCCUAAUUUAACCUCUAUAUGUUACUUUUUGCAUAAUUUUAUAUUUAAACACUUGCACUGCCAUACCUGUGAAUAAACAUAAAAAUAUGGAAGCCAUAACAGAAAUUUGGUAUAAUGAUGUAGAUGUAAUAUAAGUCUAAAAUAUUUGAUUUUUACACGAAGAAACUUUUGGCACUGAAUUUAAAUCAGGUUAUCAAUUUAAAAGAUAAAUAGAUUGAUAAAUCAAGAGGAACAAAAUAAUUUGCUAUUAUUCAAUAAUACUGCUUUAUGCUGUUAAAUUAAUGGAAGAGUUUCCAUUGAUGUCAGCUGGAGAUGGUUUAUAUCCCUAGUGUAUUGAAAACAUUUCAUUUUUUCAGUAAUGUUAAGUUUUUUUCUUAAUCCCAACAUACUGCAAAUUGAGUGGGAAAUACUACCUCAAAGGGGAUGGGUUUCUUGUUUCUUUUAAAGACUUGGGUAGAUUUUACUUGUGAGACAUUCCAGAGAACAAUGAUGUAAAAAGCACUUUUCCUUUGAAGGGGUUAUUAAUUUCCCCUCUUCUAGUUGAAGUACCUUUGCACAACAAUGAAAGUUUCUCUAGAAAGAAGGUCCUUUAACUUGAAGGAGAAGCAUUUCUAGUAAUGAGCUACAUGACAAAGCACUGGUAUGCCUGCCUGCACAUCAUGAACAGCUUUCUGGGUCUUGGUUGUUUUUUAAAGUCCUUUAUUUAUCUUAACUUUCAUUAUAACCUUGUGUAACUUUUUCAUUUAAAAAAACCUUUCUUACAUAAAAAGUGCACAAUGUGCAACUCUAAUGAAAAUUUCCUGUGUUUGUGUAUUUUGUGAAGAGAUGCUGAUUGAGUAUACUUUAUUCAAAAUGCUUGGGGGAAGAAAUACUUUACAUUUUAGACUUUUUCAGAUUUUAGAAUACCUGUAAUUAUUAAUCAGCCCUCCACAUUUGCUGUGAAAGUAAAAAACCAUGAAUAAAAAUUGCAUUUUUUUAAACUUGAGAGAACAUCUCUAGGAAUUUCUAGGUCUUCCAGUAUGGUUGUUUGAUUGACUUCCAAUGGAAACAGACCAUGGAAUUGCACUGAAGGAUCUUGAGAUUCUGAGAGAGGUAACCAUGAGAGUCAUACUGGAAGACCUAGGGAGUUCUAGAGAGAACAUUUUAAUCAAAUCCAUGAAUAAUUAAAUCUGCAAACGUCAAAGUUGCUAAUGUGGAGGGACAACACGCAUGCUACCUCCUACCAUUUCACUCAUCUCUAGUCUUGCAUCUCAUUUGUUUGCUGCUUUUGUGUAGCUACAGUGGUGCCUUGUGAUAACUGGCUGUGAAGGGGGCAUUGGGUGAGAGUGGGAGGAGAAGGAAGAAGGAAAGGAGUUGUUGGGGAGCUCCUCCACCCUCCUUAGGUUGGGGGAGCACCCAAUAUCCUGUCAACUCGGUGUAGCGAGUUCGCUCACCAUUUUGCAGACAAAGUCGCUCAGAUUCGUUCCGACUUAGAUGCCGGCCUUGAUGCAUUGCCAGGUGAGGUAACCGAGGCAUCUGUCUUUUGGAUCUUGUGGGAUUCGUUUCAGCUUGUGCAACCUGAUGAUGUGGACAAGAUUCUUGGAGCGGUGAGGGCGACCACCUGUGCCCUUGACCCUUGCCCAUCUUGGCUCUUAAAACAAGCCAGUGGAGGGCUAGUUGAUUGGUUUGUGGGAAUAAUCAAUGCCUCUUUGGAGCAGGGUAUAUUUCCAUCUGGCCUAAAACAAGCUGUGGUGAGGCCUGUCUUGAAGAAAGCCUCCUUGGAUUCGGCUAACCUCAGUAACUACAGACCAAUCUCUAACCUUCCAUUUUUGGGCAAGGUCUUGGAGCGGGUGGUUGCUUCCCAGCUUCAGGGAUUUUUGGAAGAUGCGGAUUUUCUGGACCAAUCGCAGUCUGGUUUCAGACCUGGCUACAGUACCGAGACUUCUUUGGUCGCCUUGGUGGACGACCUCCGCAGAGAGCUGGACAGGGGGAGUGUGACCCUGCUGGUUCUCUUGAACAUCUCAGCGGCUUUCGAUACCAUCGACCAUGGUAUCCUUCUGGGAUGGCUAUCUGGGAUGGGCCUUGGGGGUACUGCAUUGCAGUGGCUCCAGUCCUUCCUGGAGGUCCGUUCCCAGUUGGUGAAGCUGGGGGACACCUGCUCGGACCCCUGGCCAUUGACCUGUGGGGUCCCGCAAGGUUCCAUUUUGUCCCCCAUGCUUUUUAAUAUCUACAUGAAACCGCUGGGUGAGGUCAUCCGGAGUUUUGGAGUGCGGUGCCAUCUCUACGCGGAUGACAACCAACUCUACUACUCUUUUCCACCUAAUUCCAAGGAAGCCCCUCGGAUACUGGACCAGUGUCUGGCCGCUGUAUUGGCCUGGAUGAGGGUGAACAAGCUGAGACUUAAUCCUGACAAGACAGAGGUCCUCCAGGUCAGUCAUACGUCUGAUCGGGGUAUUGGGUGGCAACCUGUGCUUGACGGGGUUGUACUCCCCCUGAAGGCGCAGGUCCGCAGCUUGGGGGUCCUCCUGAACUCUGCGCUGACACUUGAGGCUCAGGUGUCGGCCGUGGCUGGGAGGGCCUUUGCACAAUUAAAACUUGUGCGCCAGCUGCGACCAUACCUCGAGAAGUCUGAUCUGACCAUGGUGGUCAACGCUUUAGUUACCUCUAGACUGGACUAUUGCAAUGCGCUCUACGUGGGGCUGCCUUUGAAGACAGCUCGGAAACUACAAUUAGUACAACGCUUGGCAGCCAGAUUUCUAACUGGGGCAGAUUACAGGGCGCGUUCAACGCCUCUGUUUAAAGAGCUCCACUGGCUGCCAUUUACUUUCCGAGCCCAAUUCAAGGUGCAGGUUAUUACCUACAAAGCCCUAAACGGUUUGGGACCCACCUACCUUCGAGACCGCAUUUCCCCCUACGAACCUGCAUGAUCUCUUCGCUCGUUGGGGGAGGCCCUCCUCUCGCUUCCACCACCUUUACAGUCGCGAUUGGUGGGGACGAGGGAGAGGGCCUUCUCAGUCGUGGCCCUGCUGUGGAACUCACUCCCCAGGGAGAUUAGGCAGGCCCCCACCCUACUUUCAGGAAGAGCCUGAAAACUUGGCUCUUCCAGAAGGCCUUUGUUGAUUGAUCCCUGUGGGAUCGUGUUACUUACCUGCCAAGCAGUAGACCCUCUGGAUUGUUUUCAGGAUUCACUCAGCACUUUAAGUAUUACUCCUGCUGUGUAUUAUCCCUCCCUGAUAAUUCGACAUUGUUUUGCACCUUGGCCUGGUUCUUUUGACCCACAUUGUGAUUUUAAUAUUAUUUUGUAUAUUAAUUUUCUAUGACUGUUUUUUAAUCAUGUUGUAGUUUUAUUGGUUGUUGAUUUGUUUAAUGUUUUUUAUUUGACUUGUAUUGUUGUACCCGGGCAUGGCCCCAUGUAAGCCGCCCUGAGUCCCCUUGGGGUGAUGGGGCGGGAUAUAAGAAUAAAAUUAUUAUUAUUAUUAUUAUUAUUAUUAUUAUUAUUAUUAUUAUUAUUAUUAUUAUUAUAAGGAGAGAAGAAAGAAGAUUAAGUGGGUGGAAUAGAGAAAGAAAGGCCAGGCCAACUUGAGCUGACACAACAAGAACAAUCAAGAGCUAGAAGUGAAGCCCAAUUCUCCAACCCCAGAAAAAUAACAUAGAAGAAGAAGAAAAAGGAAUCCUCCUAAUGGAAUACUCGCAUCCCCUGCAGAAAAGGGGGCGCGGGGGGGGGGGGGAAGAAUGGUGGGAAAUGAAGAGGAAGAAGAGAGGGAGCCCCAUUGCUACCUCCCGUGCCAGCCACUGCCAAAACAAAAAGGGUAGGAAGGGGGAAAUGGGAGGGAGGACCAAACCUAUGCCUCCUGUCAUUUCACAAAUCAGUCUUUUGCUAAUCUCUCCAUCUCCCGCUUUGUGUCUCAUUCAUUCACUACUUGUGUUGUGUAUUAGAUGAGAAGUUGGAGAGAGGCUGAGGAUCUGAAACAUGAAUGAACUGGAAUGCAGCUGCUGCCACAUCAAAAGCAAAAGUCGGCAGCUGGCAGUAAAAAGGUUAGGAUGGGCGGGGGUGUGUGUGUGAAUUGGAUAAGAGAUGUAACCUGUACUUGUAUUGCUUUGAAAGUACAAGUAUGUGUAUUUGCUUUGCUUGAUGCUACAAAAAUUUCAAUAUAAACACAUUUUAAAUGUAAUUAAACUAAAUGCAAGAAUAAAAUAUAUAAUUAUACAA